AUGGAUUCACACAAAACCGUUGCGUUUCCACCGUUGAUCUCAAUCAUGAUCUUGCUCAUUAUCUUGGAAUCAACGACGACCAUUUAUGCUAGAGAAUUACGACCGUCGGAUCACGGGCUCGAGGACUACUACGAUCCGGGAGAGUCAUCGUCGGAGAUGACGUCGUUCUUCGGACCCCCUUCUUCAAAUGAGCUGACGUCGACAUCGUCACCGUCUGGCUCGACAUUGCCUAGUGCGGUGAAAUCUCCAAUGAAGUCAUCAAAAGGUCGGAAUGAUCACGUGAUGACUCACGUGCUGGUUAUCGGCAGCUUGGUGUGUGGACUCUCCGGCGUCGCCUUGAUGGUCGCUUCUGCUCUCAUUUAUUUUCUUGGUUACCCGAAAUUACAAAAUUCGUCUAUUAAUUGUGAGCUGGUUCAUACCAAUGAUACCAAGUAG